UGUGUCACUUUCUGUGGCGGAGCCGGCCACAGUUUACAAAAGCGGCCCUGACACUCCCACCACUCCCUCUGCCAACCAGAGAGAGGGCUGCCACUGGCGAGUCAGGACGACUCUUUUCACCUUCUGCUUCCACAGUGGCAUUCAUUACUGGAUUCCAGCAGCUGGAAAAGAGAAGGUUGGAUUGGGCAGAAGAAGAACACCACUCUAUAGAAACAUGUUGCAGUGGCCAGUAUGGAGCGUAAUGUUUCUUCUGACCACAGUGGACGCUGUGGAGGGUGAAGAUGUUCGAGCAGGGUGCAGCACUGCUGUAAAUGACCUGGUGUAUAUUGUUGAUGGUUCUUGGAGUGUCGGCCUGGCGGACUUUGACACAGCCAAGCAAUGGCUCAUCAACAUCAGCAGUCAGUUUGACAUCAGCCCUAACUAUACACAGGUGGCCGUGGUCCAGUACAGUGACACACCUCGGUUGGAGAUCCCUCUGGGGAGUCACCUCAGUGGAGCGGAGCUCCUCCAGGCCAUACGGAGCAUAGACUACCUGGGAGGAAAUACACAGACUGGCAGGGCCAUCAAGUUUGCAGUGGACCAUGUGUUCUCUGCCUCCCAGCGGGUCAGCCAGGUCAAGAACCGUAUUGCAGUGGUUGUCACAGAUGGCAAGUCUCAGGAUGAUGUGGUGGAUGCAAGCAUGGAUGCACGAACUCAGGGCAUUACAGUAUUUGCUGUGGGAGUUGGAAGUGAGAUUACCACCUCAGAACUGAUAUCUAUUGCCAAUAAGCCAUCAUCUACAUAUGUCCUGUAUGCCCAAGAUUACACCACCAUUGAUCAGCUUAGAGAUUCCAUGGAGCAGAAAUUAUGUGAAGAAUCUGUUUGCCCCACAAGAAUCCCAGUGGCAUCUCGUGAUGAGAAGGGCUUUGAGCUGAUGUUGGGUAUGAACAUUCAGAAGAAGGCCAAGAAGAUUGCCGGCUCUCUGGUUUCAGAGACAGCCUAUGCUCUUACUACCUCCACAGACAUAACUGAGAACACCAGAGAGAUUUUCCCAGAAGGUCUUCCUCCAUCGUACGUAUAUGUUGCCACUCUACGUCUGACGGGGUCCUCUAGCAAGUUGAUAUUUGACCUUUGGAGGGUGUUGUCAAAAAGUAAGGAAAUUCAGGCUGCAGUGACACUCAAUGGAAAAGAUCAAUCUGUCAUCUUCACUACCACCAGUGUGACAGAAAAGGAGCAAAAAGUCAUCUUCAAAACAGGCUUUAAGACUCUGUAUGAUGGGAAAUGGCAUCAACUAAAGCUUCUGGUGAGGUCUCAACAGGUCGUCAGUUACCUUGAUGAUCAACUGAUCCGAGAAGUCACGCUGAAGCCUGUAGAACCCAUUUACAUCAACGGAAAGACACAGGUCUCAAAGAAGCGAGGGACACAUAUCACUGUGCCGGUGGAGAUCCAGAAGAUGCGUCUGUACUGUGACCCUCAUCAGAGUGAGAGAGAAACUGCUUGUGAAAUCUACUCUGUGGAUGAUGAAAGGUGUCCACUGAAUCGAACAGCCACAGCAGAACAAGAUGAAGAAGAAGACUGCAACUGUGCACUUGGCCCACCAGGGCAGCGUGGCCCACCAGGACGCAUGGGUUUUAGAGGUGAGAAAGGGAGGGAAGGACCACCAGGACCCGACGGUAAGCCUGGUAAAGAAGGUAAACCUGGUGAACCUGGCCCUCCUGGAUUACUGGGGAUAAAGGGUGAAGAAGGCCCUCAAGGACUAAGAGGGGAGCCUGGUGUUAAAGGUGACAAGGGAGACCAAGGGGAACCAGGUUUAGUCGGAAGACCUGGACCAACAGGACCACAGGGACUUACUGGAGAGAGAGGUGAAUCAGGACCUGCAGGAGAAAUUGGUCUUAAGGGGGAACCAGGAGCACCAGGCAUUGAAGGACUGGCAGGGCUAACAGGACAGAAGGGGGAGAGUGGUGAUGCUGGACCAGUUGGUACUGUUGGACCAAAAGGUGCCCCGGGUCCCAGAGGACCUUCUGGUGAAAUGGGCCCACAGGGAUUUCUGGGUGAACAAGGCUUACCUGGGCCUCAGGGGCCACCUGGUCUCAAAGGACACCUGGGAGUCCAGGGACCCAAGGGUCCACCUGGAGAGAUUGGCCAAGAUGGUCCAAAGGGGAAAUGUGGUGAUCCAGGAGUUGCAGGUCCCCCCGGUCUUCCAGGACUGAAAGGUUCGCUGGGGGAGCCAGGCACUUCAGGCCAGCCAGGUGCUACAGGGCUGCCAGGCUUUAAAGGUCAUAAGGGUGAGAGAGGAGAGACUGGGGCCAAAGGAAAUCAGGGGGAGCGAGGAGAAGAUGGAGAACCAGGGACUCCUGGCAUGCCUGGGGAAGUGGGACCCAAGGGAUGGAAAGGAGAGAGAGGACUGAAAGGUGACACUGGGCCAAGGGGGCUCGAAGGAAAAAAGGGUGAUACAGGCCAUUUGGGUAUUGUUGGUCCUCGGGGAUUUUCUGGCGAAGAUGGACUUCCAGGUCAACCAGGCCAACCCGGGUAUCCUGGAAAACCAGGCAAAACUCCCUCAGAUGAACAUCUUCUUAAGCUGUGUGCUGAUGUUUUACGCAACCAACUCCCAGCACUGCUCCAGAGCCUCUCUCUCCCAACAAGGUGCGAGACCUGCCAAACCGUAAAGGGACCACCAGGUGAGCCAGGAGCACCAGGUCCCAAAGGGUCCAUGGGAGUUCCAGGCUACCCUGGAAGAAGUGGCGCUCCAGGUUACCCAGGACCCCCUGGAAUGCAGGGUCCUGCAGGCAUUAAAGGAGACAUCGGAGACAGAGGGCCCAAAGGCAGCAAAGGAGAAGGUUACAGAGGACCUCCAGGACCUCCUGGACCGCCAGGGAUACAAGGUCCUCGUGGCUUUGAUGGAAUUGGCUAUCAAGGCAACCAGGGAACUCCUGGGAAGCCUGGACUACCAGGAGAUCCAGGUACACAGGGCAGCCCAGGACUUCCAGGAGUUUGUGAUGUCUCCAUGUGUUAUCGGACCUACAGCCACAGGCAACAAUACAACAAAGGACCAGACGUCUGACAACAUGUGAGAAUGACAGACUGGUUUUACUUGCAUGUCCAAAUGUUUGGAGGAAGUCAUUCACUGUAUCACUGUUGACUCCCUCAAAAACGACUGUGUGGAAAUUUUUGCACUGGAGGCAGUUGUGACCUCAUUACAUCGGAAAGGGUGUCUAGGAGGUUUACAAUCAAAGAUGGCCAGUAAGUAAGAAGCCAAGUUUUCUCAUAAUUCCGUGCUAGAUGAUUUACAAAUUCCUGGACUGAAAUGAGGGGAACUUUUUGAUCCAACAACAGUAAGACUGAUGAUUUUGGUCAAUAAAAAUGUCUACUUCUGCCUUUCUCUGACUAUUGUCAAACUUUCCUAACAGAAACAUAUUGAAUAUAAAUUAAUCGUUUAGAAUUCAAGAAAAUAUUAUGCAUUAUAGCACCACAGUGCAGCUACUAACAAACCAUUAUUUCCACGUGUCAUAGAGUAUGUAGCUAAUCUGCUCUGUAUUUUGUUAUCACUCUCAGUAUUUAAUAUGGUUUUAUUUGGAAAUGUAAUAGAAAUUAUCCAACAUUAUUGUACUUCUUCAUCCUUAUAUCUGGUUUUCUUUUUUUUUUUACGUGUCCUGUAAGGCACUCAGAACUGUUGUCUGAGGACCAAGAAGAAGCCCAAAAGAUUUACUGUCACAAGUGGAGCAUUAUGGCCAACGCUAUAAUGCUCAGCAUGAUAUAUAUAUAUAUAUAUAUAUAUGUAUAUAUAUAUAUAUAUAUAUAUAAAUAAACUUUAUUAGAAAUUGCUUUGGGAUUAUUUCAAAUGCAGUGGACACGGAGACGGAAACAAAAGGCGAAAAAAAAAAAAAAAGGGAGGAAGGUGGGCCCCACCCCCACAACAAAAACCAGAGGAGAGCCUUGGGGCAGUCAACCAGCAGCCACAGGGCAAACGCCCCAGGGAGCUCCAGGGGCGAGACAACAGGCCCUGACACUAUGCUGGUGCAGAGCCAGCCAUGGACCCAGAGACAGGGAGAACCAACAACGCAGCGGCGGGCAAGGGGUCUGUAAUUGCAAUUGUAAACUCCAUUUAUACUUAAAAGUAUUACAUGGUUAGGAUUAGUUUUGUUCAGUUUUAUUAUUGUCUAGAAUUAUUUGACCCAUUUAAAAUUUGGUUGUAAACACAUGUGUUUUGCAUUGCCAGACAGAAACGCAGGAGUUAUGUUUCUAAUGUCUGUAAUUGUGUAAAUAAAUGGG